AUGCCUCCCAUCAAGACAGAACUGCGAGAAUAUGGACGCAGAAGGGCCAAGACAGGCCCGUAUGCUGAUAAUUUGGAGGUUGACGCACUUGUUGUGGGUGGAGGUUUUGGCGGAGUAUUCUGCUUCUACGAAUUGAGGAAGGCUGGCUUCAAUACCGUCAUCUACGAAGCCGGCAACGACCUAGGAGGGACGUGGCGCUGGAAUUGCUACCCUGGAGCAAUGGUGGAUUCCGAGAUCCCUGAGUACCAAUUGUCAAUCCCAGAGACAUACAAAGACUGGACCUGGCCAUCCAACUACCCAACUUAUGAAGAUCUUAGAGCAUACUUUGACCACUGUGACAAGGUCUUGGACAUCAAAAGCCAUACUGCCUUUGACAGUGUUGUCGUAGAUGCACAAUUCCAGACCGGCGAAGGCCGUUGGCACGUCAAGACUGCUGAUGGACGCACUGCCAAGGCAAAGUACAUGGUCGUUGCUGCUGGCUUCGCAGCAAAACGCUACAUCCCCGAUGAGUUCAUUGGAAUUGACAAGUUCCAAGGCAUCUGCCAUCAUUCCUCGUUCUGGCCUGACCUUAACAUUGACGUCUCGAACAAGAAAUGCUGCGUCAUUGGUACUGGAGCAUCGGGAGUUCAGAUCGUUCAGAAAUGGGGUCCCAACGUCGGGCAUCUGAAGGUUUUCCAACGAACUCCCAACCUAGCCGUGCCGAUGAGGAAGAGAGCCCUUACUGCGCAGGAGCAAAACGAACAAAAGCCUAUGUACCCGGAGCUUUUCAGCCUUCGUGAGAAAUGUUUCGGCGGAUUUUUGUAUACUUUUUCGGAGAAAGGCACUUUCGAAGAUACACCAGCCGAGAGAGAGGCCUUCUACCGCAAGCUCUGGACCGAUGGUGGCUUCCGAUUCUGGCUGGGAAACUACAAAGACUACCUGUUCGACCCAAAAGCCAAUCGUGAGGCGUACAACUUCUGGGCCAAGAAUGUUCGCUAUCGAGUUGGUGAUCCUAGGAUUCGAGACCUCGUCGCACCGUUGGAGCCACCCCACCCCUUUGGUGUCAAGCGUCCUUGCCUCGAACUCAAUUAUUAUGAACAGUUCAAUCGCGAAAACGUUGAACUAGUCGACAUCAAGAACAACCCCAUCUCUCAAUUCACCGAGAAAGGUAUCAAACUCAAAGACGGUACCGAGCAUGAGUUCGACGUCAUCUGCAUCGCCACCGGAUUUGAUAUCGUGACUGGUGGAAUGACGGCCAUGGGUCUCCGCAACAUCAACGGCGACUUACUCCAGGAUGAGUGGAAGAAAGCUGCUUACACCUAUCUGGGUACAACUAUCAGCGGUUAUCCUAAUAUGUUCCAUCUUUACGGUCCUCAAGGUCCGACUCUUUUGAGUAACGGCCCAACCACGGUCGAGGUCCAAGGUCGGUGGAUUGUAGAUGCAAUCAAGCAGGUCGAACGCCAGGGUCUCAAGUACAUCAAUCCCAAAGCCGACGCGCAGGCCGAGUACAAGAAGAAAAUCAACGCGUUGUCGGACAUCAGCCUGUUCCCGACUACCAAGUCGACCUACAUGGGUGGAAGUAAGCCAGACAAAGCUUUUGAACAGACCAACUGGGCUGGUGGCAUCCCUGCAUAUCACGCCGAAAUCCGAGCUACGCUUCCAGAUUUUGUUGGCUUCGAGAAAGUCAAGAAAUGA